UAUUUGUGUAUGUUUAUGUAACUCUCUAGGAGCCUCCCCUCUCUAACCAAGUCGCAGUUGCUUUUCAGGCGUUGUUCGAUGAUGAUCGGUUACUUCUAUUCUGUUACUUCGAAAACCUUUUCGAGUUUGUUAAUCUAUCCCACAGACAGAUAGUUACGUUGAUUAAUGUGGUAGUUAUUAGUGCAUAUUUCGUUUUUAAAAAAUCAUACAGUGUGAUAAAUGAAAGAUAGGACAAGUCAGUGAACGAAAUGGAAUCGUCGAAAAACAAGCAAAGAAAGAUUAUCGGGUAUUGGAUGUCGGAGAAAAAAAGCCAAAAAUUAAACUGGUCUGAGUUUGCCAAAGUGUCAAGGAAUCAUGGGUUUGAUCUUGUGAAGGUAGAUUUGAAUCGACCGUUGGAAGAACAAGGUCCAUUUACUGUGAUAAUUCAUAAGUUAACAGACAUUAUUGCCCAGUCAUUGAAAGGAGAAAAAAGGGCAUGUGAAAUAAUUGAACAUGUUGAGAAUUAUAUUAAACAACAUCCAGAAGUGCUUAUAAUUGAUCCUUUGGAAAAUGUGAAAAAACUCCUGGAUAGAUUCACAUCAUACAGGGUGAUACAUGAUAGUGAUCUACAUAAUAUAGACGUUUUUACUCCGCCUUUUGUUGAACUUACUUCAAACGACAUACAUGUAAAUUUGCAAACCUUGAAGGAAGCUGGUGUUAAAUUUCCAUUUGUUUGCAAACCUUCAGUUGCCAAUGGCACAGAUUGUCAUAAUAUGGCGAUAGUAUUCAACGAGAAGGGAUUGAAGGACUGCCAACCACCAUGCGUCGCUCAUGCGUUUGUGAAUCAUAAUGCAGUUUUGUACAAAUUAUUUAUUAUCGGAGGAGAAUACCACAUAGUGGAAAGGCCUUCAUUAAAAAACUUUUAUCCUGAUCCAGAUAGAGAAACAAUCUAUUUUAAUAGCCACGAUGUGUCCAAAUCGGACUCGAGCUCCUCGUUGAGUGUUCUGGAUGAGGACGAAUCCGGUGAAGAGUGCCCUACCAAAGCAGACCCUGCGACCCUGGGACAUAUUGUUGAGAUAAUAACAGCAGUUCUUGGGAUGAAUCUGCUUGGUGUCGACAUAGUAGUUGAGAAUAAGACUGGUCGCCAUGCCAUAAUAGAUAUAAAUCCUUAUCCAGGUUAUGAUGGAUACCCAAAUUUCUUUGAAAGCCUUAUUAGAUGUAUAAGGAGUAAAGUGUCUCUGAACCAGGGUCUUACCAGGAUUUUCCCGUCGGAAGAAGAUUCCGGAUUUGAAACUGCCGAUUCUUCCGACGAGAAAAAGAGAAGCCCUUUACUUCCCGUUUCAAAGGCUCAUGAGAGACAAUUAUGAAUCUCAUACGUUUUAUAUGCUAGAUUUAGUUUUAUUUAAAUUUAAUUUUUAUAACUACUUUUGAAAGUUAAGUUUUAUGUUUUUGUUAUCUCCCUCUCUUCUCUCUCCCCCCCUCACUUGAAACAUUUUAAAUUUUUAGCAUAAAUGAUUGUAUGUUGGUAAAACUGUCGCUAUCUCCUCAGAUAUUAUUAACUAAUUGGAAAAUAGGAAUUAAUUAUUUUUUUCUGACGAACCAGGUUAAAAUACAUUUUAUGCAGGAUUUUUUUAAUACAUUUAAUACUUCUUUUUAUUAUUUUUCAGGAUAGUUAUAUAUUUAGCACGCCAUGGCAUCGUCAAAGUUACCUUUAAUUCUUUCUUCUUUUUUUUUUAUGCAAUCAAAUUAUUUAUUAAUUUAUCUGAAACUUGAUUAGGUUAUGGUUGUAUUGACUUAUCUGUCAUGAAACAUCAGUUUUACUUUAACUCAUGAUUUUAAAUUUGUGGAAGGUAAUUGUUUUAUUUUAUUUUUUUCUCGAUGUGAAAUAGAUAUGGACUGAAGUUAUAUUGCUCAUAUAAAAAAAUAUUUUUUUAAGAUCUUUGUUAAAUAAUUAAUGAUGUUGAUGUCAAUAUUGUAUACUGCUUUGAAAAAAUUAUUUGAACUAAUAAUAAUAUAAAUAAUUUUAAAACCUCACAAAUACGAUAUGAUUAUUAGUAUAAUAUUAAUAUUGCCGAUGGAACCUGAACAUUUUUAUAAAUUCAGCUUGAAAUAUUUUUAUUGUUUGUGAUGGUGUUAUAGAAUUUUAGCUUAUCUAUUUAAAAUAAUAUGCGUUUGAGAUACUUGAAAGCAAUACAUUGUUUCUAAAACUUUUUUUUAUAUAUAUAUAUUAAUCUGCUUUACUUUUUUUCUGUUCCUAAAGUCCUAAAUAAUAUAAUCUUUAAAAUAUUUAUUAAAUAUGUAUAAAUUUUGUGAUUUAUGGCCUUUAAAUAUUUUAUUAUUAUAUGCCCAAAAAAAUAUAUUAUAUAGUAUUUUGGGUUAGUGGGUGGAUAACUUGUCAUUUUUAUAUUUAGGGUAUAGCAGCUCUUUUAAGGAUUUUUGAUAUUAAACGGGUGCUAGAUCAUAAUAAAGUUUUUAAUAUAGUAAAGCAUAAAUAAAUAUAUGUACACAUAUAUAUAUAUAUAUAUAUUUUCUAUUGUAUUUCAA